AUGAUGGUAGGAGGGGAUUCUGCAUCCUCGUCUUCCGCAUUUUCCCGGAUUUCAACCACUGUCCUGAUAUCAUCGUGUCCUCACCCUGCACGUUUUUCUGCUCAGCCCACCCUCCCUAUUGACUUAGUUGUAAAAAAAAUAUAUAUUAAAUCAAUUAAACCGGACUCGCCGCCCUCCGCCAUCACCUCACCUCUUUCUCUCUCCCCCCCCCCCCCCCUUGGUAAAUAUCUACUACUGACUUCCUUCUCCACAUGCAGCAUCAGAGACCUGGGCCCCGGCGUACCGGCUCCAGCCAUGUCGGCGAGGAAUACAGCGGCUGGCGGCGGUGACAGAACGACGGGGGAAAGGACAGGAGAUGCAUUAGAGGAAGAACCCCAGGGCCUCUCUGUCUCUCUGUCUGGUCUGAUGACCCCCUCUUCAGCCGCUGGUAUGGCCUCAGGCAUGGAGCUGCCCAGGAAAAGGAAAGGCAGCAUGGACCUGGAAACAAAAUCUGCAUCAAAUCUAGAUGAGGAUAUGGAGGACAAUCAGGGCAGAUUGGAAGGAGAUGACCAGCACUUAAAAAUGAAGUGUAUCAGGGAACCUCACAGUCAAAUUGAGAAACGACGGCGAGAUAAGAUGAAUAACCUGAUUGACGAAUUGGCAGCGAUGAUUCCCACCUGUAACCCCAUGUCUCGUAAGCUUGACAAACUCACUGUGUUACGAAUGGCUGUCCAGCACCUUAAAUCACUCAAAGGUGCAACCAGCUCCUUUGCAGAAGCCAAUUACAAACCUGCAUUCCUCCCAGAUGAUGAGCUUAAACACCUUGUCCUAAGGGCUGCCGACGGAUUUCUCUUUGUGGUUGGCUGUGACCGCGGAAAAAUAGUCUUCGUCUCAGAGUCGGUUUCAAAAAUCCUGAAAUACAGUCGAACAGAGUUAAUUGGGCAGAGUCUGUUUGAUUACGUUCAUCCCAAGGACAUCGGUAAAGUGAAGGAACAGCUGUCUGCCUCUGAACUCUACCCACGGGAGCGCCUCAUAGACGCCAAAACGGGGUUGCAGGUGCAGGCUGAGCUUCCUGUCAGAGCGGCUCGGCUUUGUUCCGGGGCCCGACGCUCCUUCUUCUGCCGAAUGAAGUACAACAAAAUUACCAUCAAAGAGGAGAAGGACUUUCAGGCCAGUUCCUCAAAAAAGAAAGAGUCACAGCGGUACUGCACAGUGCACUGUACGGGCUACAUGCGCACCUGGCCCACGCGCCAGCUGGGAUCUGAGGGGGAGGCAGAGGCAGACAAAGACAGCUCACACUUCAGCUGCCUGGUGGCGGUGGGCUGCGUGCACCCACAUACCCUCCCCCAAGCCAACGGAGAGAUCAGGGUCAAGCCCACCGAAUUUGUCACCCGCUACGCCAUGGACGGCAAAUUCACCUUUGUGGAUCAACGAGCCACCACUAUUCUGGGUUACUUGCCCCAGGAGCUGCUAGGGACAUCCUGCUACGAAUACUUCCAUCAGGACGACCUGCCGCAUUUGGCGGAUAGACACCGAAAAGUGCUGAGGAGUAAAGAGAAGAUUAAGACAAAUUGCUAUAAGUUUAAAACGAAAUUUGGCUCUUUUGUCACCUUACAAAGUCAGUGGUUUAGUUUUAUAAAUCCCUGGACCAAAGAAGUAGAAUACAUAGUGUCAACCAACACGGUUAUAUCCAGUAAAAGUAAUCCAGGUGGAUCAGGGGAUAAAGCUGAGCAGCCGAGCAGUUCCAAGGCCUCAGAGGAUGAUGCCAAGAAAGCCCAACAAGUUCCAAUCAUCCCAGGGAUCUCCAGUGCAUCAGGCACCAUAUUUUACGCUGGGACCAUUGGGACCCAAAUUGCUAAUGAGAUAAUGGACUACAACAGGAUGAACUCCUCACCAUCCAGUGGCAAUACAAGUCCGUUCAGUUUACUGCAGGACAAGUCUCCACUGGCCCUUGCGCAGACCAGCAGCAACGUGCCAAAUGGGGAAGCAACAGACAUGGAGAUGCCCAGCAAGCCAAUCUCGGAGGAGGAAGCGCGGGGCGGAGCCCUUACAGCGAGUGAAAAUCUCAUGGAGGGGAGCUCUCAGAUGGAUCUGGAGGGGGUUCCGGGGUUAAGCGCUCUUAGUACUGACGAGGCAGCCAUGGCGGUCAUCAUGAGCUUAUUGGAGACCGAUGCCAAUCUGGGUGAGGCUGUGGACUUUGACCAGAUGCACUGGUCUCUGUGAACACACGGCUCCAACUCCAACCUUUUUCCUUUGUUUUUAAAGACCCAUCUUAUCUGGAGCUUUUUAAAAGAACCAUCCAUUCAUUCUCACCAGGCAGCAGGCCUUUGACAAUUCUCGGGCUUUUUAUGUUUUAAUUUAUUCGAUUUUUUUUUUAAUGCGUCUGGACAAGCUGCAUGGCAGAUCAUCUUGAUGACUACCCCUGGUGAAGGAGAACAGAAGGGAACAGAGGUGAACAGAACUCUUCUCUCACUUGGUUUCUGAAUACCUUAAGCUGAGUACCUUAAGCAACAGGACCAGGUUUUAUUUGGUCUGGUUUGCAUUUCUUCAGCUCAGCUCAGAGGUCACUUCUGCCCCCUUGGCUAGGAUCAGAACGGAGAAGAUUCAUGGCCCAUUUUGCCAUGUCGAGAAACAUGCCCCAAGCCAUAAGGCAAGAACCCAAAUCAUCCACUGUCUCCAGUGGUGUAAGGGUUUCGAAACUAUUUCCUUAGUCAAUCAACACUUGAACUAUGUAUCAAUGCAUUGAGGAAAAGCUGGACUGAGAUUUUUUUAUAUAAACAUAUUGGGAUUCCUUUGGCAAGGGAAACCUGGUAGUUAUUUUUCUUUUAAAGCUGAAGACAUCUUGAAUUCUAUGUUUUAUGAUGAACAAGAACGGAACAAUGCAGGGGGGGUGGGGGUGGGGGGUGUAUUGCCGAGCGUAUAGUUAUUUGUCAAACUGAAGUACUUGAAAGACUGUGUGGAAAUAUUGCAAAAUUGAGAAUCACCAUUAGGCCUGAUAUUUUUUCCCUUCCUGGUCUAUAAACCUGUGUGUGAAUGUGUGCAUUUCCCUUAAAUAUUUUGUGCUGCCAGUGCUACACUGCUCUUGAAAUAGUGUUGUAGAUCUGCUGUUGUUAAGACAUGUUUGCGUGAGAGGAGAUAAAUUACAGGUAAAAUGGUGAUGGAAACUCGGGGCAGAAGUCCAACAAAUUGUUCACAAAUAAGGGCAGGGUCUCUCAGGGAACAACGGCAUGAUAACCCCUUCUAAAAAUUAUUUAUAAAACUCAUCAGCCAAGUACCACUUUUUUUACACUUGGCAAUAAUUUACCCCAAAAUGAAAAUUUUGUCAUCGUUUACAUGUAUAACUGUAUUUCUUUUUUAAAGGAUGUCCUGAUCACUGAUUUUAAUGCAGUGGCAGUUGAUAGUGACUUACUUUUAAUAAACCUAAUGCAUACAAUAGGUUUUGGUGGGAAAUUACCAGAAUUUAAAUUUUUACAGUGAAAAUCUCAACUUCUGCCAUGGCUCUCCAUAUGAAGUGCAUAAAAGAAGCGCAUUUAAUGUGUUCACGCAAGAACUUCCGUUGUUUUUGCUUUCGCAAGGUUAAAGCGUAAGAAGCGAGCUUCUCGCGUGCAUUUAUGAAUGCACAUAGAGUGACGGUGGAAGGUAAGGUGUUCACUGUAAAAUAACAUUAAUCACGGGUUGUUUGGUAAUCAUUUAACGGGACAUCCUUAAAAAUUCCCCCUUUUGUGUUCCGCAGAAGAAAGAACAUCAUGAAAGAACAAGUGUUUGGAAUGACAUGAUGGUGAGUAAAUGAUGACAGAAUUUUCAUUUUUGGGUGAACUGUCCCUUAAAUGAUUUCAAGUGUGAAAGCCCAUGUUAGUGUUAAGAUGGUGUUGAAGACUUGUUGAAGGUAUUGCAUGCCUAUGUGACCAGCAUUUAGCAGGUGAGUGUUGUUUGAACUCCAUAUUAUGGAAUGAUAUCCCAUAAUCCUGUUUUAAAUUAACAUUACCCAACUUCAGAAUACUAAGAAUACUAGUGGUGAUAGGGAAAUAUAUUUGUUUAUCUUCUUUCUUUUUUUUAACACAUGUUGUCACACAAAUCUCAGUCAUGAAGACAUCUAACUUAAAGAAACAGUUCACCCAAAAAUGAAAAUUCUGUUAUACUUUACUCGUCCUCAUGUUGCUCCAAACCUUUAUGACUUUCUUCUGUGGAACCCCAAAAGAGGUGUUUUGAAGAAUGUUCACCCUGCUCUUUUCCAUAAACCUGAAGAAUAUAGUGACCAGGGACUGUCAAUCUAAGGACAAAAAAAAUACAUAGUACAUAUGACUUGUUUAAAACUUGGUUUGAAUUGUCAUUGAUUGCUGCAUGUCUCUAAUCUGGUUGUGUUGUGCCAAUAUGCAGAAGAGCAGAAGUGAUUUGGGAGCUACGGUUUUCAGUGAAUUAAAUUUUGGUCUGUUAUAUGGCUUCAGAAGUCUUGGAAUAUACCGCGCAAGUCAUGUGGAUUACUUUUAAGCAGUGUUGGUUGUAUACAGUUAAAAAGUAAUUUGUUACUGUAAUUGAAUUACUUUUUAAAGUAAUGUAAUUCUUGUAAUCAGAUUAGAGUUACUGACUUUCAGUAAAAGUAAUUACUUUUAAGUACAUUACUUGUGGUAAAGCAAUAUGUAUAAAAUAUUCAUGUAUGUCUGUUAGUGUUUCUGUUACAUUUGAAGGGUGUGCGACAGUGAAUUAGGGGAGAAAAAUAGACAUUUUGAAUAUAAGUGGAAACCCAAAAACUUUUCUAGGAAAAGUGAUUUAGAAAGUAAUUUGUAAAGUGAUUAGUUUUUAGAUUAAGUAACCAUUAAAGUGAUCUGAUUACAUUUUAUAUAAGUCAUUAUUCAUUUGUUUUACUUUUCGGGUGCUUUUUGUGCUUUUGGAGAUUGACGGCCCAUGGUCCCUAUAUGUUUUUAUGAUUUGGAAAAGAGCAGCGUGAAUAUUCUGCCUAACUUCUACUUUUGUGUUCCACAGAAGAAAGUCAUAUGGGUUUGGAACAAUAUGAAGGUGAGUAAAUGACAACAGAAUUUUCAUUUUGGUGUAAACUAUCCCUUUAAUUGAGUUAAACUGAACAAAAGAGACCCAAGAAUAUGUUUUCACAAAAACAUUAAUAAAUUAAUCGCAUGGGGGCGGGGUGCUGGGUAGCUCAGUGAGUAAAGACGCUGACUACCACCCCUGGAAUUGCGAGUUUGAAUCCAGGGUGUGCUGAGUGACUCCAGCCAGGUCUCCUAAGCAACCAAAUUGGCCCGGUUGCUAGGGUGGGUAGAGUCACAUGGGGUAACCUCCUUAUGGUCGCUAUAAUGUGGUUCGCUCUCAGUGGGGCACGUGGUGAGUUGUGCGUGGAUGCUGCAGAGAAUAGCGUGAAGCCUCCACACGCGCUAUGUCUCCAUGGUAACACACUCAACAAGCCAUGUGAUAAGAUGUGCGGAUUGACAGUCUCAGACGUGGAGGCAACUGAGAUUUGUCCUCCGCCACCCGGAUUGAGGCGAGUCACUUCGCCACCACGAGGACUUAAGAGCACAUUGGGAAUUGGGCAUUCCAAAUUGGGGAGAAAUAAAAAAUAAUACAAAUAAAAAUUAAUCACAUGAUUUAAAAGACUGUAUACUUUGCUGCAGGAGUAUUCAGCCUAUUUUCACAAAGGGCUAGAAUCUUGGAAACAUAUGCCAGCUAAUUUUGGCAAAAUGGUGUUGGCUAUUGGAAGUGAUUGUCUUAAAUCAAUUGCCCUUUCUUAUAACUUACAACUCUUCUUAUAACUCCCUAUUUAUAUAUAAAGUAUGAUAAUAUGAUUCUCUUUCUAUUUCACUCUGUCUCUUGUUUUCCAAAAAAUAUUUUCUGUCAUCUGACUUCCCCAGGAAAAACUCUGUAAAUUCAUAUUUCAGCAUGGCGUUGUCAGAUUUUGCACAUUUUCUUCCUAAAUUCAGCUUCUCUUCUUACUGGUGACUUUUUGUUCAAAGAGGAUCAGCACACUGACCUGCUUUACUGUGAUGGUGCAAAUGUGCCACAGGAGUCUAAUGGCCUUGCGCAAUGGAAAGUGUGAUUCUUCUCAAUAUACCAAAGCAAUUUGACCGCAGAGAUAUUUCAAGUACCCUUAAAGGUAUAGUUCACUCCAAAAUCAAAAUUCUGUCAUUAUUAUUCACUAUCUUUCUUUAGUGAAACAAAAGGAGAUGUUUUGCAGAAUGUUCAGUCUCGGUCACCAUUCACUUUCAUCAGCAAAUAGAAAGUCAUACAGCUUUUGGAACAACAUACAAAUGUUGACAGAAUUUUAUUUUUUGGUUGAACUAUCCCUUUAACGCUCAGCUGCCCUGUGUUGUCAGAUGUGUUGUAAUUCUGCGAUGAUGGUGUGAGCUGCUUUUUAAAAGCCAAAAAAUGUCUCCAUAUCAUCUUGUCAAUACUGUCACAUGCUGCCAAGAGCUUACUUGAAGUGAGGAAUCAACCCGCCCCAUCCAACUGCAUGUAAUCCCACAGAGAAAUAAAUUGCAGAAAAAAAAAAAUGACUGCACACUAUUGAUUUUUAUCAUAAGUAAGUCUUGCCAUGAUCCCUCUGUAGCCCUAGCUUGGCUUUCCAAAGGGGCAUUUCCUUAAACGUGACUGAAAUAUAAUGGGAUCAACUGUAAUUGCUUUGUGACUAGGAAAAGGCUCAUGUCACACAGAUGGCUAGAUGUAUUGGCCAAUCAGAAUCCUGGUAAGAUGGCCAGUGUGGGUUUUUAUUAGGCAGUUGUAGCCUUAAGCUCAAGAACGGCUGCUCUGUCCACCCAAGCAUUGUGUAUAAGCAUUGAGCUGUGCCAUAACUGCAGGCUGGUCCUAAAAGAUAAAGAGAAAAUUGUGAUUUUUUUUUUAUUUUUUUAUUUAUUUUAUUUGAUCAUAUUUUCAUUUAUUGUUUCAAUUGGAAUCUGCAUUUUAUGCAUCCACUCCCCUGCAUAGUGUCACUGGUGUUAAAUGUGACUAUUCUUUUUUGAAGUGUCGUUCUGCAAUUGCACUUGGCAGAAAUUAAGUACUGUACUUCAUGUAGAACCACAGUUCUUUUCCCCUUCUACUGCCUUUGUCCUAAUUUCACAUGUCUCACUCUGUGUAGCCUAAACAGAAAUUGUCUUGAUUUUGUAUUGUUCCACUAAUAUUCAUGCAUGCCUUUUUUGUGUAUCCUUUGCUUAUCUUUUGUUUCUUUGUUGUUCUGUUAGUUACCUUAGUGUAUUGGAUAAAGGUUUUUGCCUUACAAGACACACAAAGACAGAACAAAGAGUGGUGUAGAUACUAUAAAGACUGUUCAUCUACUUGGGUCUUAUUGGUUCAUGGUUCAUCACUUCCAUGAAUAUCUUGGUUGGGGAGCAGCCAUUGGGUUAAGCUACAGGUCUGCAUGCAUGCAACACCAUGUUGCUCUUUCAAAGCCUUUGAAAAAGGCUGUUAUGGAACGGAGGUCUUGUUCAGACAGGUUCCCCUUUGUCUUUUGCUUAUUUCCUGCCUCUUUUGUUUAUCAAGUAUUUGUAUGACGACAUCGCUGCUGCUGUCAACAGGUCUGGGUUGGCGCAGAGACUCCAUCUCUCCGUGCUGACAUGUAAAAAGAUUCUUUAAUAAACAUUAGUUUCCUGUAAA